AUGGCGGACCAGGAGCAUCCACCCACUGAUGAGGCUGCGUAUGGAGAGGGAGAAGCCGCUCAUCAUGAGGAGGUCUAUGGCGAAGAGGAAGCCGCUGAACAUCACGAUGAAGAGGGCGCCCAGCAUUACUAUCAUGACAGAUCGGCCGAAAAGGUGAGGGCGAUUUUCGACUACGUCGCCGAGAACGACGAUCAUCUGUCGUUCAAAGUGGGCGAUCUGAUCAACGUGCUCGAGGAGCGCGACGGUGGGUGGUGGAAGGGCGCACUGGGUGACAAGGAGGGACUGUUCCCGGCCAACUACGUGGAGUACUUGCCCGAGGAGGGAUAUGAAGAGGAAGAGGAGGAGGCCAUCGAAGAAGAGGAGGUCGGCCUGGACGACGGCGCGGCGGGCGACGCAGGUGGCGCCGACGGCGGCGAGGAGGGAGGAGCGGGCGGGGCUGAGGCCGCGGCAGUGCUGUCGCCGGCCGACGAGCGCGAGGAGCGGAGGAGGAGGCGGCAGCUCGACCUGGACGAGCUCGAGGCGCAGAUCGAGGAGAACAAGGCGCAGAAGCUGGCGCUCGAGGUGGAGCUCGAGCAGCUGAAGCGAGUGAAGGAGCACGCGCAACAGGAGCUCACCGACAUGGGCCUGGUGCGCACCGACAUCGAGCUGCUCGUGUACGACCUCGUGAAGAUCAUGGGCGAGCUCGACGAGGAGUCGGCCACGAUGAACGACCUCCAGACCGCGCGGCAGACGCUGCAGGCCGAGCUCAACAACUUCUCGGCCCUCACGUCGUCCGAGAUCAAGAAGGGCAGCCCGCUGGAGCCCUUCAAGACCGAGAUCCUCUCCAAGCUCGCCCAGCUCACCCUCAAGCUCACUGACGACGACAAGUUCAUCGGCAUCUACGAGAAGAAGAAGAACACCUUCUUCUUCAUCCUCAAGGCCGUCAAGGACGCCCUCCAAAACAAGUGA